CAUGGUUGUGAUUGUAUGGCUGCCGCUGUCACAACUUUCCACUCCCCCAAAAGGGGAUUACCAAGCGGAACAGGAAGUGAAAUAAACUUUAUUCUGAGAUAAUGCUUUUGUCAACAUGAAGAUUGGGAAGGACCAAAGCGAAAUGGAAAGUAUCUAAAGUUGUUCUGAAAAUUACCUACUUGUCAUAUCGUAACUGCAACACAAAGGGCCUAACACAAGAGAAGUCUCCAGUUAUGUCGAAAAUACUGGUUGCGAGUGUUUGUGCCCUUUUCUUGUGUGUACAGGUAAAUGCUCAAGAAGCAAUCUUGCAUGCAUUUGGACCCUCCGCUGAAAAUGAAUAUUGCAUUGUUUUCAAUUCUUCCUGGACACCUCUUCCACCGUCUCUUGAUAACGCCACACAGUACCAGUUGGUUAACUUGACCUCAAGUGUGCUGUGCCAUAAAACUGAUCUUCCUCCUGCGGGUCUGAAUGGAAAGGCGGUGGUGGUAAUGAGAGGAAACUGUUCUUUUGAAGAGAAAGCCUUGAUUGCCCAGUCCAGUGGAGCCAGAGCUAUACUGAUUGCCAGCAAAACCAGUCUGACCACACCCUCCGCAAUCAACACUGACAAGGGACUGAACAUCCUGGUUGCCCUUGUCAGAUACAAAGAUGUGUUGAAUAUGCAGGAGGCUUUUAAGGACAGUAUAUCAGUGAAACUUUAUGCACCACCUGCAGCUCUGUUUGACUACAGUAUUUUGGUUAUAUUAUUUAUCUCCGUGUUCACUCUUGCUCUGGGAGGCUAUUGGAGUGGCGCUGCAGAACAGCAGGAAAUAAACUUCGCAGUGCAAGGAGGAAGGAGGAAAGCUGAGAGCAGUGAUGAGAUCCAUUUCACUCCACUGAAAGUGGUGAUCUUUGUGCUUGGGAUGUGCGGGAUUUUGGUUUUACUUUACUUUUUCUACAAGUGGCUAGUGUAUGUUAUGAUUGCUAUGUUUUGCAUUGCCUCUGCAAUGGCUGUGUAUGGCUGUCUGGCUGCACUGGUACAGAUGAUACCAUGUGGCAGAUGCAGCUUUUCCUUCCGGGACAAAACCGUUGAAAUUCGAUUCUUCUUUCUUGCUGCAUUUUGCAUUGCAGUGUCUGUACUAUGGGCAGUUUACCGGAACGAGGACAGAUGGAUUUGGAUUUUGCAGGACGUGUUGGGAAUCGCAUUUUGUCUUAAUUUUAUGAGGGUGUUAAAAAUCUCAAGCUUCAAGAUCUGCGUUACAUUGCUCAGCCUCCUGCUUGUUUACGAUGUGUUCUUUGUUUUCAUCACUCCCUUUUUCACAAAGAACGGUGAAAGCAUUAUGGUUCAGGUUGCAGCUGGCCCAGGAGCCACUGGUGAAAAGAGAGGUGGAAACAUGGUGGAAGUCCCUGCUGAACCCACAGUUCCCUAUGAGAAACUGCCCAUUGUCAUGAGAGUUCCCAGGCUUUCAUCCCCGACUCAAUACCUGUGUGGAAUGGAAUUUUCUCUUCUUGGAUACGGAGAUAUUAUUGUGCCAGGAUUGCUGGUUGCUUAUUGCCACAGGUUUGAUGUGUGGAACAACAACUCUACAAAGAUCUACUACAUAUCCUGCACAAUAGCCUAUGGUGUGGGUAUGAUAGUGACAUUAGUUGUGAUGGUCUUGUCAAAGAUGGGGCAGCCAGCCCUGCUCUAUCUAGUGCCAUGCACUCUAGUUACCAGUACUUUGGUUGCCUGGAGACGCAAGGAAAUGAAACGGUUUUGGGCAGGAACCAUUUACGAGGUUUUGGACUCUUCAAAGGAACCUUUAAUACAAGAUGGAGGAGAAUCCUAUGGCCAUAUCCAAUAAUGAAAAUGGAGUAAUCAUGCAUCCGGAGGAGUAGCAUCGCUAUUUAUUUUUUUUCUUUACUUGUUUUAUGAGUAACGCUUUAAAGUUCAGGUUUCAUUAAUUAAGAUUUAAUUUUGAAUAGUGCAUGAGCAAGUAAUUCAUUUAUAUUGAAUUCAAAAUGAACAUGAAACCCCAACCCUGACGAAUGGACUGGGGGGUAGUGCUAUCCGGAACAGACACAUGUAUUAUUAUGUAACUACAUGUUGACUGUAUCAUUCAUUUGAAUUCCUAUUACAGUACUGUACUUUGUAUCUCUUGUUAAUGCAAUAUUCAAAAUGAAUUCCUGUUUAAAUAACUAAACCUAUUUUAAAGCAUUACCUUUUAAUGCACUUGAAUAGAAGAGUGUUUUUUUUUAAGUGUGAACUGACGUGAUUGAACAGUAAUAAUAAUACUACACUUUUGAUGGUAGAAAAAAAGCCAUUUGUGCCUUGCUCGUUAUCUAAUACAGUAUCUAUGCAAUUGCUGAAGUGUUAAAGCCCAGUUUUGUCUCUGAAAUAACUGUUGAGCAGCAAAUCUUUCUGAUUUGUCUUCUAAUACAUUUGACAGUCAUCAUGUUUAAUGUCUGAAUCUUCAACACUUGUAAUUGUUAUUUUAUUUAAUUUCACCACUAACAGACUGCAAUUCUAAUAGUGUUCUUUACAAGGGCUAGCGUUUUCUUUUGAAAGCUUAUCACACAUCUCUGCUGGUGAAACCCGUAUAUAUUUACUGUAGGUCGUUUAACCUUAGAUUUAAUAAGCAUAAUACUAUGUUUGAUGGAACAUGACGUGCCCUUUUGUUUGUUUCAUUUUUAAAUAUACUUGAAUUGCAUUGGAUUAGAUAUUCCUGAUUUCUGAGCUCUGUUUUUUGUAUUAUUCCAAGGAGUACCACAUUUGAGCUGCCAUUGCUUACUAUAAGAAUAUAAUUAUAUCUGAAAGCCAUUUGCCUUUCUUUUGCAAUUUACAAAUGUAAAUAUGCAGCUCUGAUCAAACUUGUGAAUGCUGUUGCUCUUUAUAUUCUGGUGGAGUUGAUUUGUUUUAAAUUAAAAUUUCAAAAUAAA